AUGUCGGCGUUGGUGAAUGGGAGCCUUACGGUGGACUUCAAGAUGGAAAGAGGGCUUUGGAAAGGAUACUCGUUGUCUCCUUUUCUUUUUGUUAUGGCCAUGGAGGGAUUAACUUCUAUGAUGGAUAAAGUUGUGGAAACGGGGGAAUAUAAUGGUUUUAAGAUCAAUGAUAAAGUUUCCAUUGAGAUCUUGCAAUUUUUCUACGAUACCAUUAUUAUGGGGGAUGAGAAUAUUAAUAAUCUUUGGAGUAUUAAGGACAUUUUAAGAGGCUUCAAGAUGAUAUUUGGCUUGAGUGUGAAAUGUUGUAAAAGCAGAAUAUAUCGUACCAAUGUUAGCGAUUGGUUGGUAGAGCCUGCCUCAAACUUCCUUUCGUGCAAGACAGAAGAAAUUCCUUUAAAAUUGUUGGGAAUUUGGGUGGGGAGUAGCCCUAGGAGAUUGAAGUUGUGGAAAAAAUUUAUUAACAUUAUCAGAACCAGAUUAAGAUCUUCGAAGGGGAGAAGUCUUUUGUUGGGAGGAAAAUUUGUGCUAAUCAAUUCGGUUAUGAAUUCACUACCCACUUACACUUUAUCUUUCUACAAGGUUCCGUAUAAAUUCUUGAAAGAGAAUUGUAGUAUUUUGAGCAAAUUUUUGUGGUGUGGUUUAGAGGAAAAGAAACUUAUUCAUUGUAUUAAAUGGGAGCAAGUGUACAAAUCGAAGUAA